AUGGAAGUUUUUUCCGAGGUACACGUGUGUCCGAAGGAACACAGUAAACUUCUGUUGAACAAAGAGUGGCUUGUCGCCACAAACAACUCAACGCCAUACCUCUUUAAGUUUGCGACAACCGUGGAUUUAGCGUGUUUGGUUCUCGUUACAGACACGAAAACUAUAUGGACCGAGGUUCUGAAUUCGAAGCAAUUUGCGAGACGAUGGCGCGCAUGCAACCCAGAUAGUUCACCGGACUUCUCUCGGGAUGAGGACGAAGAAGACUGGCGGGUCGCGACCCAAACGUUGCUUGCUAAAGCUCACACUCUUGGUGGCUUAAGUGAACUCUCUUUCGAUUGCGUAGAAUCUAAUUAUGCGGAUCUCGCCAUUGAACUUGAGGGCGAGGCGUUCAAAUGGAGGUGGGAAACGUGUACACAAGGAGGCCGAUUUUCUGCCGACAUCAUAUCGCGACACCUGGUCUUGCCUUUAAUCAGCCUGACGCAUCUGGCAUUCACUAGUACUUCUGCCGUCGGUGAAUCCUCAGAGUCAGAUUUAGAAAAGGCCAUAGACAAGGUCGGGCGCACCGCGCGUCGUUCGGUUGACACUCAUGUCAAAAACUGCAUCGGCAAACCUGGAGUCGCUACCGCUUUACGCCGGAUAACUGCCCUGUUCAAUUCUAUACCUGAUCUUCCUUCAGUUCUGCUAGUCAACGACACGCCUGACUUGAAACUACCGCCACUUGCAACGCAGCCCGCCCGCGCACCGUCCCCACCGCUAACUAAACGUCGGAUCUCAACGCCCGUGGAUAAGUCUCCAGUAAUCGAGCCAACUUCAUCCCCAGUUGCAAGUAAACGUCCUUCUCCCGAGCCUGUUCAGCGCAAUUCCUCCCCAGAGGCCCCGCUUGACGCGGAAUCGGGUUCUGCAACUGAAUCUGACUCGGAUGGCGCGGCUCCUGUGCCGAUUGCUGCGAAAGGCAAAGCCCGAGCGUUUUCAUCAGGUGUCUCGCCUCCUGUCAACACAAAAAUACAGAGUCCAGUCCAUCGACAGCUUUCAUCGUCGUCUCCUCCUUCCAAACCUCUCAGCAGACCUAAGCCAGUCCUAUCUGACUCGGAAUCUUCUCCCGUACGGCCGGCCAAGAAGACGAAGCCUCCGGUUUCUUCCAGUGACGACGACAGCGAAGCUGAGCGCAAGAAACGGCUGGCCAAAGUCAAGAGUGGUGGUGGUGCUGCGCGAGGAGCAAAGCAACCGAUAAAGCGAGGCGGUAGACGAUUUUAA